UUCCGCUGGAAGAAAGCCCAGCUUCCGGCUGCGCCAUGAGCCGUAUCUAUAGCGACGACCGGUUGUCCGUCGGCCCCGUUAACCGGGAGCGGGUUCUGGGCCCAUGGGCUCCGGCGGCCCCGGGGGGCCCCGGGGCCGUGCUGGAGGGGGAGCUGCGGCAGCUGAGUCGGCACCAGAUCGAGGACAACACCGGCAGCAAGUAUCGAUACUUCAUUUUGUAUAUUAAACCAACAAAAAUCCACAAGAGAAAGUUUGAUUCCCAUGGGGUGGAGAUUGAACCAAACUUCAGUGAUACCAAGAAAGUCAACACGGGCUACUUGAUGUCUUCUUACAAGGUGGAAGCUAAAGGACAGUCGGAUAGGAUUUCAGCAGAGGAGUUGAAGAAGUUGAUUUACAAACUGGAGCUGGCACAGAUCUCUGAGAAACACACCCCUGGUGACAGCCUGGCUUUCUGGAUCACUGAGGAAGAGAUGAAAAACAUUGACUUGGAGAUUGGAGACACAUUGCGCCUGAAAACGAGGGAUGAUAGCCCAUUUAUCUUUACGUUGGUCAAAAUGGAUGCAGGAACCGUGACAAAGUGCAACUUUGCAGGGGAUAAAAAGGCAGGAAGUUCUUGGACAGACAAUAUAUUUGCUACAAAGUCGAAAAAUGAGGAAGAGGCUAAAGAAAGUGGCCAAGGAGAGGGGGCUGACGAGGAUGAAUGGUCCGAGGAUAUGCAACAACAAAUCAUCCGGGAAACAUUCCAGUUGGUGUCCAGGAGGGAUGAAAACGUCUGCAACUUCUUGGAAGGUGGCAGUUUGAUCGGAGGAUCAGACUACAAGCUCAUCUACAGACACUAUGCAACCCUCUACUUCCUCUUCUGUGUCGACUCGUCUGAGAGUGAGCUGGGCAUUCUGGAUCUGAUACAGGUAUUUGUGGAGACGCUGGACAAAUGUUUUGAGAACGUCUGUGAACUGGACCUUAUAUUCCACAUGGAUAAGGUUCAUUGCAUCCUGCAGGAAGUGGUGAUGGGCGGGAUGGUGCUGGAGACCAACAUGAACGAGAUCGUGACACAGGUGGAGGCGCAGACCAAACUGGAGAAGGCGGAGGCUGGCUUCUCUGCAGCUCCAGCACGCGCCGUCUCUGCUGUCAAGAACAUAAAUCUCCCUGAGAUCCCUCGCAACAUCAAGGUCUCCAAUCUCUCCCCGUUCAUGUAAAAGGACGUUCUGCAUCCACGAAGCCUUGUCGCCGUCCUCUGCACUUCCCCAGAUACCAUGUGCUGAUUAGCACACCACAGUAAGACCUGUCUGUGUUCCGCACAGGAUCUUCAUCGGAUCAUUGUACCAGUCACCUUGGUCUGUGGGGCACCCCUGAACGCAGAAAGCUGAGAGUGUCGGAAAUUGAAAACAAACUGAACUUGCGGGAGGUACCUGGCAAGUUGGGCAGCAUCUGUGGAGAGAGGAAGAGUGGAUUUUCAUUGUGAGAAAUUGUUGUUCUUGCCUGAACAGCGUCAGUCAGCACACAGUCAAAGUAUUUUCUGUGUUCUCCCCUCCUGUAACUUCAAACACGUCCAUUCUGUCACCCAAUCAUCAUCCACCAUUGCAUGUCCCAAGAGUAUAAAGUUUCAUUAUUUAUAGUUAGUGAGUUAUCCUUAAUUGUUCUUCCUUAUCAACUUGACUGACCUAGAUAAAGUGUUCCAUGAAACCUCAUUUAAAAUGUCAGCAAUAAAACAGACAUUCAAACUCUCCUCUGUUGGGCCGCUCAAAGCCGAACAGAUUCUGAGUUUAUGAACUUGUGAAUCUGUCCAUUGAUCCUCAUCACCUAAUUAUCUCUUGAAAUUGCCAAGAUUAAUAAAAUUUAUUUGCUUUCA